AGACAGUAGCAGGCGCUCAGGAAGCGUGUUGACAAACGCGCAACGCAACAAACAUCGCACUGAGCGGCGAGUCGGAGCGCGGGUCACGUGACUCCCGCACAGGCCUGCAGUCUGUUGUCGGCGGACAGAGAGGAGGAAAGAACAUGGCGGCUGCGAGCGAGCUCGAGCGGCGCGCCGGCCUUUCGUCUUGAGCUUUCUCGCGUUAACCGAGACCGGGGCUCCGCGGGUCUAGUGCAUCCUCACCCGCGCGGGAUCAACUUUGCGGUGGUGCCCGAAAUUCCGGGUUCGGUGCGUGUAAAGUGCAGGCAAAAAGCGAAACUGAGGAGAAUAGGUUUUUAUCCAUAAUGAGGGGGAGACGAGGCAGGCCGCCCAAAGCCCAGCUAACGCAGGAGCCCACAGCGGGGUCGGUGCGCGGUCUGAGACCCCGCCGGGACUUAAGGGCGAAGCCGAAAGGGACCUCCGAUGAGGAUUAUGUCACCCCUAAACGAGGGAGCCAUCAUCCUACAACACGCGGCCGGAGGAAAGCGCGAUCCGCGGCGUCGAGGGGCAGAGGAAGAGGCAGGGGUACGGCCAGAGGCAGGGGGCGGCGGAGCGCCGCGAGCGGGGUGGUUUACGACGACCACGAGAGCGACGAUGAGGAGGAUGAAGACGCGGUCAGCUUGAGAUCGGACGAGGAAGAGUGCAUGGAGGAGCCUCUGACGGACGAAGAGGAGGAGGAAGAGGAGGAGGAGGCCAACGACGAGUCCGACUACCUGGAGGAGCUGGACUAUUUGGAGGAAGACGAUGCCAGUUUCUGCACGGAGAGCAGCCACGGCAGCAACGCAGUAGGUCGUAAAAGACCAAGACCAAGGCGACCGCCUUCUCCUAUUCUGGAGCAGAAGGAGAUUCCUCUUCUGAAGCUGCCCAGUUCCUCUGAGGACCUACUCAUUCCCAACGAGCAGCUACUAAACGCUUCGGCUAUUUACGAGGUGCUUCGCAGUUUCUGCACUGUCCUGCGUCUCUCUCCGUUCCGCUUCGAGGACUUCUGCACCGCUCUGGUCGGACAGGAGCAAUGCACGCUGAUGGCGGAGACGCACAUCUGCCUGCUCAAGGCCAUCUUAAGGGAGGAGGACACCUCCAACACCACUUUUGGCCCGGCGGACCUCAAGGACAGCGUCAACUCCACGCUCUACUUCAUCGACGGCAUGACCUGGCCAGAAGUGGUGCGUGCAUACUGCGAAAGUGACCCCGAGUACCACCACGUGCUCCCUGACCUGGAGGGUGAAGACUAUCCGUUUAGCCCGCUGGAGAGCAAAGUCAAGGUCUUGCAGUUCCUGGUGGACCAGUUCCUCACCACCAACCUGGCCCGCGAGGAGCUCAUGUCCGAGGGCGUCAUCCAGUACGACGACCACUGCCGGGUUUGCCACCGGCUCGGCGACCUGCUGUGCUGCGAGACCUGCUCGGCCGUGUAUCACCUGGAGUGCGUCAAGCCUCCGCUGGAGGAGGUGCCCGAGGACGAGUGGCAGUGUGAGAUCUGUGUGGCGCACAAAGUGUCCGGCGUGACCGACUGUCUGACCGAGUUCCAGAAGAGCCGGCCGUACAUCCGGCAGGAGCCCAUUGGUUACGACCGGCAUCAAAGAAAAUACUGGUUUCUCAACAGGAGGAUUAUUAUAGAGGAAGAUGGUGAGGAUGAAAACAAGCAGACCUGGUACUACAGCACUAAAGUCCAGCUGGCCGGGAUGUUGGAGCUUCUGGAUAAAGACUACUGGGAGAAUGACCUCUGCUCUGUGCUGGAGGAGAUGAGAGAGGAGAUUCACUCUCACAUGGACAUUACCGAGGAGCUCACUAACAAGGCCCGGGGGAAUAACAAGGCAUACCUCACCGUUGCCAAUGAUGUGAUCCUGGACCGUCUGAAGACCAAGCAGGAAGCGGAGCUUGAGGAGGUGAAGCGACGGGCGGCAGAGGAGGCCGAGAGGGCCAGACUGGAAUCCAAAUCUGUGGCUGGUGAACCAGCUGCGGCCGAUCAGAUGAACUCGAACGGAUCAUGUCCACAACAGGACUCCAGUAACGGAAAUGCAACGAAUGAGCAAACUUCUGCAGAUGCCUCAGUCUCAGCUGUCCCGACUGUUGAGGUGGGCAGCACUAAUGUUCCUGAGCUCGCUGCACCCAGCUCAGCCAUACCGACUAAAUCUGACUCCCAGGAUCCCAUGGGAAAUGCUGUGACAUCGUCUUCCAGUGGUGAGGAGAAAGGGGAAGGGACUGAAGGGAUGAAAGAGUUGGCAGCUAAGAGCUCGGAGUCUGCUGGUCACGGAGAAGGAGAUUCUGUGCUAGAGACUGAACCUGCGCAGACGGCAGACGAGAACAGCUGCAGCAGUCAUUUCUCCAUCUCUGAAUGCCUGCGAGGUCCAGAAGAGCCUGACCUGGUAGACCGGUCCUCACGGUCUUCUCUCAACAGCCAAGACGAUACAGGUGAGGGUAAAGCUAAUGGAGAUAGCGCAAAAACAGGAUCUUCACGCAUGAUUACACGACUCCGAAAUCCUGAUAGCAAGCUAAGCCAACGCAAGGUCAUGCAGGACAAAGAUGGCAGCUCUCAAGAUGGUAGCAGAGCACUGAAAGAGACUCCUCCACUAUCAUCCUUCGGCUCCUUUAAGAGAGACUCAAACAAGAACAGUGGCUUUUUCAAACUGGGCCAAGAGGGCAAAUUUCGUGUCUACCACAACCAGUACAGCACUAACACACUUGCGCUGAAUAAGCACCAACACCGUGAGGAUCACGACAAACGCAGACACCUCUCCCACAAGUUCUGCAUGACCCCUGCUGGUGAGUUCAAGUGGAACGGAUCGCUGUACGGCUCCAAAGCCCUGACUGUGUCCACGCUGAGACUAACCAUCAUCCAGCUGGAGAACAAUGUCCCUGCUCCGUUCUUGCAUCCCAACUGGGCGUCACACAGGUCAAACUGGAUAAAGGCUGUCCAGAUGUGCAGCAAGGCGAGAGAGUUUGCUUUAGCGUUGGCCAUUCUGGAGUGUGCAAUCAAACCAGUGGUCAUGCUCCCUAUGUGGAAGGAUUCUCUGGGUCACACAAGGCUUCAUCGCAUGACCUCUGUGGAGCGGGAAGAGAAGGAGAAGGUGAAAAAGAGAGAGAAGAAACUAGAAGAUGAAGAGACUAUGCAGCAGGCCACAUGGGUGAAGUACACUUUCCCCAUCAAACACCAGGUGUGGAAGCAGAAGGGUGAGGAGUACAGAGUAACUGGGUAUGGAGGCUGGAGCUGGGUGAGCAAGACGCACGUCCAUCGCUUUGUCCCAAAGCUACCUGGAAACACCAAUGUCAAUUACCGGAAAGCACUUGAGGCAGCUAAAACUGGAAUGGACAAUAAGGCAGUUCUCCCAGAAACACCAAAACCUUUGGUUAAAACAGAUGAAAAUUUGUCUCAAAAUGUGCCUGAAAAAGAUGACAUCCAGGACACGUCACUGGAUUCUUCUGAAGAAAAGCUAUCUGUGGAGAAAGAUCAUGUGUUAAAAGAUGAAGAACAAAAUGAAGAAAAAGAGAUUGAAACGUUUGAAAAAAUGUGUGAUGAGAAAAAUGAGUCUGUGGAAGAAAUGGACACCAGCUCACCUAACUCUGCAAAUGAUGAAGCAGCUAACAUCACAAAUGCCUCAUCCGAUGACUGUCCUUUGAAAGGGGAGCCUUCAGAUAGUGAGGUGACGAAGGAUAGUGCUCUGAAUCAGCCCCAGCAAUCCUUCUGGCAUGAUGUUGUGAAUGUCAGCGAAGGCUUCUUGCUACGCACUGCAUACAAGAAAAGGAAGGCAUCAAAACUUGAUGGCCUUUUGGAGAGACGGGUCAAACAGUUCACCAUAGAAGAGAAGCAGAGGCUUGAGAAACUCAAGCAGACCACCAGUUCUAAACCCUUGACUGAAAAGGUAAUGGAAAACAAGGAGACAACCAUUGCUGCUGAAGACCAAAAGGUCAAGAUUGAAGGAACUAUCUCUGAAACUCCAAAGUCUAGACAGGCCGAGGGGGUAGCAUGUCUAGCGAUCCAAGAAAAAGACAGUGUGGUCAAAAAGCUUGAAUUUAACCAAGAGGACGAACAGGCGAAGUCAAACACUUCAGGACAGAAGAACAUCCUGGACGUCAGAUUAAAUGACUCGUGUGAUGUAGCCCCUAAAGAACAUCAGCAGAAGUUGCCUGAGCCAGAACCCAAAACUGGCAAUAGGGUAGCAAUGUCUGAACUUAAUGGAAACUCUCAAAGUCUGGAUCAAAGCUUGAACGUUAAACCUGACAAAACAGUUACAGAAACUACAUGUCCACCCGAAGACUCUGAGAGAAAGGAAAUUAUUGAAAACAAUGAAAAUGAUCUAGACGUAAAGAGAACAGUGCCUGUGCAAGUAAAUGGAAAGGAUGGUCUUGUUGACACAGAAUGUAAGAACUUGACUGAUAAUGUUAACACAAAGGAUCUAACCAAUACCGUUGGGGAGGAGAUUAAAGCAAUAUCACCAAAGGAAACAGUGAAGUCACUAAUGAAUGGUGAUGCCAAUCAAGAGUGUCUUAAAGAAUGGACUAAUAGCGCGCUUCCUCAGGAGAAUUUGGAUGAGGAGAAAGGAGUUACCAAACUUGACCCAGAUUAUCCACCACCUGAGAAAGUGGCCAAGUUGGAAAACAACAUCGAAGGAUCUGUAGACUCCUCGGUUAGUUCCUCCGUACCCGAACCAUCUUCUGUAGCUUCCGAGCCAAACACAAAAUCCGAGGUGCCUAGUCAAAGCUCAAAGGUGGAGCCGAUGCAAGUUGAGGAGGCAAAGCCUCCUGUUCCUUCACCCGUCCCUUCAGCGGAAGAGUCCAGCUUGAGUAGUGACCUCACUGAAAACAGCAGCAGCGUUAGCGAGACUACGACUGUCAUUACUCAAGUCACCACAACUACAACCACAGAGUCCCGCAUGGUGUUGACCUCACGUGACAGCCUUGCUUCCAAUAACGGGAUCAGUACAUCCGCACCAGCAGAUUCUAAGGUGGAGUCUACCAGCUCUGUCUCGACACUCUCCACUACCACUACUGUUACCAAGGUUUUGAACUCAUCGGACCAGGAAGCCACUCUAACAAAAGAGUGCAAGACCACUGUCACGAAAACACUGACUGACACCAUGUCGAGUCCUAGUGGUUCCACUGUAAAAUCUAUGACAGUGAGUCAAGAAUAUUCCACCAGGGACAGGGUACAACUGUUAAAGUUCUCUCGCACCAAGAAAGCAAGGUCCGGAACGGCCUUGCCCUCGUACCGCAAGUUUGUGACCAAGAGUAGCAAGAAGAGUAUCUUCGUACUUCCCAAUGACGAACUGAAGAAACUCGCAAAGCGUGGUGGCAUCCGCGAAGUUCCUAUCUUUAAUUAUAACGCCAAGCCAGCCCUAGACAUCUGGCCCUACCCAUCUCCACGACCGACAUUUGGGAUCACAUGGAGAUAUCGACUCCAGACAGUGAGGUCUUUGGCUGGAGUGAGCCUAAUGCUACGGCUACUUUGGGCCUGUCUCAGAUGGGAUGAUAUGUCUGUGAAACCCUCACCCACAGUAGGAACAACACGAACAGAGACAUCUGACACUGAUAUCACCACCACUGAGAUCAUCAAGCGGAGAGAUGUUGGUCCUUACGGCAUUCGUUCUGAGUAUUGCAUCAGGAAGAUCAUUUGUCCCCUUGGGGUGCCUGAGACUCCCAAAGAAACUCCCACACCUCAAAGGAAAGGCCUGCGUUCAAGCGCUCUGAGACCAAAGAAGCCAGAACCAGCUAAGCAGACUGGGCCUGUUGUGAUCGAAACCUGGGUGGCUGAGGAAGACCUGGAACUCUGGGAGAUUCGAGCCUUUACUGAAAGGGUUGAGAGGGAAAAGUCGCAAGCAGCUGACCCAACUAAGGUUAGUGUGCAGAAGAAAGCAGAGGAGGUCAAGGCCCAAUUGGAAGCUCAGCUAAAGCAGCAGAGAUUGGCAGCCCAGCAGAAACGGCUGGAACAGCAGAAACCUAGCAGCACCAGCAACACAUCCACCUUGACCAGCACUCCUACAACCCCUGGGACCACUACUCAAAAGGUGGUGGUGGGCUCUAUUAGCGGUCAGGUAACUUCAGCACCAAAAGUGGUAAUGACCACCAAGUUGGGCUCUCCGGUGACAUUCCAGCAAAACAAGAACUUCCAGCAGUCCUUUGCUUCCUGGGUCAAGCAGGGCCAACAAGGCAACACAGUCUCUACCAGUUCGGUUGUGACUGUGGCGGCGAGUAGCGCCACCACAUCUGGGCAAACGUUCCACAUCGCUGCUGCUGCGGGAUCGAUGGCCGGCAGCGUCAUCGCCGCUAAACUGCCUGUUCCAGCCAACAGCAAGAUAGUCACAGUGAACGUGCCAACCACUCAAGGAGGUUUGGUGCAGGUACAGCAGAAGGUGGUGGGCAUCAUUCCAUCAAGCACAGCGGGCACCGCUCAGUCCUUCCCUGCAUUCCAGCCCCGUACGGCCACCAUCAACAUCAGACCCAACACAACCACCUCAACGCAGCAGGUUAUUACAACUGGAACCGCUCUCCGACCAGGGAUGACUGUCAUACGCUCUCCUCUGCAGCAGACCACCACCCUGGGCAAGACUAUCAUUCGCACACCCCUGAUGGUCCAGCAAGGUCAAGUGCAACAGACAGUGCAGACGAGCUCAGGCGUUCAGGCGGUGGGCACUCCUCCUCGCCUCUCCACACCAAACCCAGCCCAGACACCACAGAUGCUGUCUUCUCCCCGUCCACAGCAGGGUCAGGUCAAACUCACCCUGGCCCAGCUCACACAGCUCACCCAGGGGGCUCAGGGAGGAAACCAGGGCUUGACGGUUGUGAUCCAGGGGCAAGGUCAGACCACAGGCCAGCUGCAGGUCAUUCCUCAGGGGGUGACGGUCAUUCCGGGGCCCGGUCAGCAGCUCAUGCAGGCAGCCAUGCCCAAUGGCCAAGUCCAGCGGUUCCUGUUCACACCCAUGGCCCCUGCUCCAGUGUCUGCCCCCGCUGCCCCCUCCACGACAGCCUCAUCAGGUGUCCCAGCCACAGCUGCACCAGCUGCUGCCACCAGCACAACUCCAGCACCCAUUCAGCCAGCUGCUCGUCUUGCUCCACAGCCCCAACCUCCGACCUUGCUUCCUCCCACAUCAUCUGUCCCUCCAUCACAGCCUACCCAGCAAGCACCCACCCCAGUCCCAAACGCAGUCGGAGCCCUCACUCACAAAAAGGUUGGAGACCCCUUCGAUCUUCCUCAAACUUCAGUCCCGCCCCCUACACCCGUCCCCGCCCCCACCCCACAAAUAGCACGGGUGACGGCCACCGCACCCCUACAACAGGUCACCACCCUCCCCAUCACCCAGACCACCGUUACCAAAGUCCAGCCCCAGAUCCAGCUCCCCCCGCAGCUCCUCAGCGUCCCUGGGCUCCAGCAGCAGGUCAUCUCCCACAUCCAGAGUCAGGUAGUGGCCCAGAUUCAAGCUCAGGUCGGGACCACAGCCGGGAUGCCCCAGCAGAUCAAACUGCAACUGCCCAUUCAGAUCCAGCAGCAGGGCGGAGGGCAAGACCAAGCGCACCAGAUCCAGAAUCUGGUGACCAUCCAGACGGCCAGCGUACAGGAGCAGCUCCAGCGCAUCCAGCAGCUCUGCGAACAGCAGCAGCAGCAGAAGAAGAAACAGCAGGAGGCUAAGAGAGAGCAGGCCCAGCAGCACGUCAGCCAGAGCGAGCUGAUACAGAAACAGGUGGCUCAGAAGCAGAAUGUGGCCAUAGAGCAGUUAAAACAGAAGAAAACCAUGACUCCUGCUGAGAGAGAGGAGAACCAGAGGAUGAUUGUCUGUAACCAGGUGAUGAAGUUCAUCCUGGAUAAAAUCGAUAAGGACGAGAGGCAGGCGGCCAAAAAGAGGAAACGGGAGGAGUCUGUGGAGCAAAAGCGCAGCAAGCAGAACGCCAGCAAGCUGUCAGCUCUGCUCUUCAAACACAAAGAGCAGCUCAAGGCUGAUAUCCUGAAGAAAAGAGCUCUGCUUGAUAAAGAACUACAGCUGCAAGUGCAGGAGGAGCUGAAGCGCGAUCUCAUUAAACUGCGGCGGGAGAAGGAGAAAGCUCAGGCUGCGGCUGCACAAGCUGCUGCGGCCGCCAGCGCACACGUCUCCUCGCACACAGCCACGGUCACGUCCCCCUCCUCCGCGCACAAACGCAAGCGGGACGAGGAGAGAGACGCCUCCAAGUUCAAACGCAAAAAGAUGAUCUCCACUACCUCAAAGGACAGCAAGAGGGACAUCAAGCUAUACUGCAUCUGCAAGACGCCCUACGAUGAGUCCAAGUUCUACAUUGGUUGUGACCUCUGCUCUAACUGGUAUCAUGGAGAGUGUGUGGGCAUCACCGAGAAAGAGGCCAAGAAGAUGGACGACUACAUCUGUUCAGAAUGUAAACGAGCUCAGGAGGGAAGCACAGAGGAGCUCUACUGCAUCUGCAGAACUCCAUACGACGAGUCCCAGUUCUACAUCGGUUGCGAUCGCUGUCAGAACUGGUACCACGGGCGCUGCGUGGGCAUCCUACAGAGCGAAGCCACACAUAUCGACGAAUAUGUGUGCCCGCAGUGCCAGUCUACAGAGGAUGCCAUGACGGUCCUGACGCCACUCACAGAUAAAGACUACGAGGGGCUGAAGCGGAUCCUGCGCUCCUUACAGUCCCAUAAGAUGGCGUGGCCAUUCCUGGAGCCAGUGGAUCCGAAUGAUGCUCCAGAUUAUUAUGGGAUCAUCAAGGAACCGAUGGACCUUUCUACAAUGGAGGAGAGGUUACAGAAUCGCUUUUACAGCAAACUCACAGAGUUCGUAGCGGACAUGACCAAAAUCUUCGACAACUGCCGCUACUACAAUCCCAGCGACUCGCCUUUUUACCAGUGUGCUGAGUUCCUGGAGUCUUUCUUUGUACAGAAACUCAAAGCUUUCAAAGCAAGCAGGUCUCAUAACAACAAACUACAGUCAUCAGCUUCAUAGAAUACAACCACAUGCUGUUCUAAAUAAACUUUGAACAUUUAAUUCAAGAUGGAGCUCUAUCCCAGUCGGCCAGCACCGCACAUAGCCACAGCGUUUGGUGGAAUAUCGGACGUAAAAGCUGUGGGUUCGGAUCAAGAAUGGACGGUUUACAUUUUUGAUUGUUAAAGCAAUGAGUUUAGACUGGGAUGCUCUCCUAUUGGAUUUCUUUAUGGAUUAAAUGCCUACAGAAAUGUUUUUGUGAGUUUUUAAAACCCUCCGGAAUCAUGUUCGCAUUUUCCAGGAAAGCAGGAGUCUAUCAUGGUGCACCCAUUUUGUUUUGUUUUUGUUUUUUCCCCCCCUUCAUAUGAUUCAUCGUACUACUUCAGAAGUGGAAUGUGGACGCAAUCUGCUAAUUGGUUUUUAAGCAGUGGGGUAGAUCAAGUUACCUAAACUAAGAAGCGUUGCUCUAAAAAUGCAUCGAGGACUGAUGAAAGUGCUAGUCAAGAAAGUAUCCUGUUUGUAUAACUUGUCUUUUUUUUUUUUUUUGUAUUACAACUGAAGAAAUAUUGAUGUAUAUGAAACAAAUAAAUGGAGGGGACAGGAUUCUCUCUUCUACAUUGA